UAAAAAAACCAAAAUAAAAACCCACAAAACCUAAUCUCCUCUUUAACUACGUUUAAUCAGAAAAGAGUAAACACACUAUAAAGACACAAGUAAACUAAAGCCUAUGGAUUUGUCUUCAAAACACAAACUCCCAUUAACAAACAACUCUCCUUUCGCCGGAAAUCUAACCGUCGCCGGAGAAAUGGGUGUCUGUUACAAAGAGUGUUUGAAAAACCACGCGGCCAACCUCGGCGGCCACGCGCUCGACGGCUGCGGCGAGUUUAUGCCGAGCCCCACCGCCUCAUCCACCGAUCCUUCCUCUCUCCGGUGCGCCGCUUGUGGCUGCCACCGUAAUUUCCACCGCCGUGACCCUUCCGACCACCUUAAUUUCCUCCCCACCUCCUCUCCCUCCGGCACGGAAUCGCCGCCGUCAUCUCACCACGUGGCAUCCCCUGUUCCUUGCUCUUACUACACCUCAGCUCCACACCACGUGCUUCUCUCUCUCAGCUCCGGCUUUCCUGGACCGUCAGAUCAAGAUCCGACGGGUUUUAGAUCGGAGAACAGCUCUCGAGGAGCAAUGAGGAAACGGACGAGGACCAAGUUCACGCCGGAGCAGAAAACAAAGAUGAGAGCUUUCGCCGAGAAAGCAGGGUGGAAGAUCAACGGCUGCGAUGAAAAGUCGGUGAGAGGUUUUUGCAACGAGAUUGGGAUCGAGAGAGGAGUUCUUAAAGUGUGGAUGCAUAAUAAUAAGUAUUCACUUCUCAGCGCUAAGAACAGAGAGAUCUCGUCGAUGGAUCAUAGUCGUCUUUGUUUGAACAGUCGCAGCUUUAACAAUGGCGGCGAUGAAGGAGAUAACGUUGAUGGGUCUUAUUCUUCUUGAUAAAGAUGAAAUCUUUUGGUGAAGCAAAUUAGGAUACUUUUAAUUUGGGGGAAAUAUGAGCAUUAAUUAACCGUUUUUAGAUCUUAUAAUAAGAUGUUCAGAGAUCGUAAUGGGUUUGGUAAUAUAAAAGAAUGUUUAGUCGGAGUUAAGCCGGGGGAAAAAAAUCUAUCAUUCUACUUA